CACACAAAUUCACUAAUGGUAGCUGUCAAAACCUGAGUGUAAAUAUUUAUAUUGUUUGUAAUUAGUUUAACGUUAUUCAUUACAAUUUAUAAACUGAAAAAUAGUCUAUUUUCACAUGAAGUCAUAAAUUGUGAGUCCCAGUAUAUGUAACAUCACGAAUUAUGUCAAGAAGCUAUGUGCCAACUCAAGAACAGAUAGAAAUAUUGGUAGAUUUCAUUGAGAGGAGACGUUGGCUUGCCACGGGACACGCCAGAACUACUCACGCCAGACAGCGAACGCGGACUGCCUGGCAAGACAUUGCUCAGAAGCUGAACAGAGUAGAGUGUGGCUGUCGGAAGACUUGGCAACAGUGGGCUAAGUAUUGGAAAGAUAAAAAGGGUGCUAUCAAACGAAAAGUGAUGCAAAUGCGUACAAACAGAACACAGACUGGAGACGACGGGUCCGAGGAAGUGAUCGCUCUAUCUACGACAGAGAAACGCAUGGUUGCCUUGAUAGGGGGGAAAGUUUAUGCGAUUAGCAAUAAAGGAGAGGACAGUGAUCCGUUUACUAACUUCAACAUUGAUGGAGAAGUGCGUGAAGAGACAAAGCCAUUCGAUAUUACCUUUUUAAAUGACCCACCCGCGGGAUCCGAUAGAACAGAUUACGACCAACACAUGCCAAACAGUCCAGAAUUGCCGGACGAGAAACCAUCAAUACGAAGAAAUUCUAGACGGAAAAGUGACACACCUACACCCCGUCGACAUCGCUUGACGACACCUUCGCCACAUAGUCAGUGUCAGAUGGUGGAUCUAACGGAACGGAUCAUUGCCAUCGAAGAGAGACGGGCCGAAACGGAACGGAUCAUUGCUCAGUCCCAACAGGAACUAGUGGGUGUUCUGAGACAGAUGAGUGAAGCGUGGACUAUACAGAGUGCUGCGUUAAAAGAACUAGUGUCGAAAUUAAGUAAUAAAUAAUAUUUAUGUACA